AUGAAGCUGGCUAUCACUGCUCUGCUUUCUUUCGCUGCCUCUGCUGCUGCCCAUUACACAUUCCCCGACCUCCUCGUGGCCGGUAAAAACACAGGAGACUGGGUUAACGUCAGGAAGACUAACAACUUCAAUUCUCAAUCACCCGUCACCGAUGUAACAAGUGCCGAUUUUAGGUGUUACACCUCCCAGACUCAGGCCACUGCAUCCACUGCCACCGUAGCUGCAGGGUCACAGAUCGGCAUUCAGGCCGAUCAAUCCAUGUACCACCCGGGUGUUGUCAAUGUUUACAUGGCGAAGGCUCCCGGAAACGUCUCGACUUGGGAUGGAAGUGGUGCUGUUUGGUUCAAGGUAUAUCAAAUCAGUGCCGUCACUGACGGUGGAUCAACCAUCACUUUCCCAGCACAAAACUUGCUUUCUGUAUCGUUCACACUCCCCAAGAACUUGCCAUCCGGACAAUACCUUGUGCGCAUGGAGCAGAUUGCUCUUCACGCUGCAAGCACCUUCGGCGGUGCUCAAUUCUACCUGAGCUGCGCUCAAAUUAACGUUACCGGUGGAGGAAAUGGAACCCCCGGACCUCUUGUCGCCAUCCCCGGUGUUUACACUGGAAAUGAACCUGGAAUCUUGAUCAACAUCUACUACCCUGUUCCAAAGACGUACGUCCAACCCGGACCUGCUGUCUGGAGUGGGUGA